AUGAGGUACCAACCUUACAUUUUUGAUCAAUUCCGUCAACCCGAUGGCCAAUGGGACCCUUCAGCAGCCCCAAAUCCUCCUACCGUUCCUGCUAGGGGUGUCAAGAGAAACACCCCAAGCGAAUUAUCGCAUUCAUAUGAAGAAUCUUCCUGGAUGGCACCACAAGCACUACCACAACAACAAAUGGAUAAUAAUGUAGUACACCAGUGCAAUUUACUUAUGCGGCAAAAUAAUAUGAAUACAAGUUCUCCCGAUGCCGUUAAUUUUAGAAAUCAAAUUGGUAAUAGCGAACAUGACGUUAAUGUUAAUAAUGUACAAAGUCCUUUGAGGUCCAGUUCAAAGUAUGCCUUUUCCUCGUGGUACCAUGGCAAGAUAUCUCGUGAUGAAGCUGAAAACUUAUUGCGUCCAAGGUCAGAUGGCCUGUUCCUAAUUAGAGAAUCCACAAACUUCCCUGGUGAUUACACCUUAUGCGUAUGUUUUCAAUCAAAAGUUGAACACUAUAGGGUAAAAUCGAAUAGCGAUAGGUUGACAAUCGAUGACGAGGAAUUUUUUGACAAUUUAGAGGAACUUAUAGAACACUACAAGAACGAUGCCGAUGGUUUAUGUACAAAAUUAGUGAAAACCUUGCCUAAAGAAAACGAAGCCUUAUAUUCCAAUACCAAGACAUCGGUGAUUAAGGAAGGAGAUGAUCUGUUUGUUAUUCCUGAACAGGAGCUAACAAUCCGAGAAUCAAUAGGGAAGGGAGAAUUUUGUGAAGUAAUGCUUGGGAAGUGGAAAAGCAAUAAAGUAGCCGUUAAAGUAUUAAAAGAUUCGAGUGAAGCUGAGGCAAUAUUAAUGAAGUCUCUGCACCACGAACACUUAGUCAAUUUACUUGGAAUAGUCAGAAAAAAGGAACAAAUCUACUUAGUCACAGAAUAUAUGAGUAAAGGAAGUCUAGUAGAUUACUUAAGGUCCAGAGGGAGGCAACACGUCACCAAAAAAGAUCAAAUCAAUUUUGCCUUUGAUACCAGUUCUGGAAUGGAAUAUUUGGAAAGAAUGCACGUAGUGCACAGAGACUUGGCGGCCAGAAACGUACUGAUAGCAGAAAAUGGAAGAGCCAAAGUAUCUGAUUUUGGAUUGGCUAGAAAUGAAAAGAACGCUACUUCCGAGUCAGCUAAAUUGCCAAUUAAGUGGACUGCACCUGAAGCUCUCAAGCAAAACAAAUUCUCUAACAAAUCUGAUAUGUGGAGUUUUGGUAUACUUUUAUGGGAAAUAUAUUCAUUUGGAAGGGUACCCUAUCCUAGGAUACCCUUGGCCGAUGUGGUGAAACAUGUGGAAAAAGGAUAUAAAAUGGAAGCCCCAGAAGGAUGUCCCCCAGAAGUGUAUGAAACUAUGAGACAGGCAUGGGAUUUAAAUCCAGAUAAGAGACCAUAUUUUCAUGAAGUCAAAGCAAGACUUGGAAACUUAAAACAACAGACUACAUUGUGAAAGAAAUUAUCUAAUAUAUAUAUACUGAGUAGUGUUUGUAGCGUGGAUGUGGUAUGCAUAAAUAUUAUAUGCAAACUUACUAUAAAAUAAUUUUGUCAUUUUUCACUUAUCACCAUUUUUAUUAACAAAGUCAUUAAUCUUCAAUAUUUUGAAACGCGGGAUUGUAAAUCUUAUUAUUUAGCUUGAGUCUAAAGUAGUAUUGAUCAUACAUUCCAAUUGUAGUUUUUAUAUAAAAAUAUGUAUCUCCCAAAGAACACUCAAAACUUGAAACAAAUAUAACAUACUAAUGUAUUGAUAACCCUGAACGUCUCCUAACCAUGAUUUGUCCAUAUAUGACAGGCAGUGGUGAUGAAAAGUUGUGAAUUAUUCAAUCUUCAAAUCAAAGGCGCAGUGAGGAGCCUUUUUUAUCCUGUUUAAAAUCACCCCCCAGUCUUCGGCCGUCCUCCACCCCAGGGUGACACCUAAGGCUAGUAUGAGCAAGAAUGGGGACAAGCAUCAUCCUCCUUCAAUCCUAACCACAGGCUGUGUCGCGUGGACUAAACACUACAGGGACUUCGUCAACUGUCUCCCUUUCACUCACUGCACCCCUCCAGUCGCCCCUCCGUUACAUCCUUCCUCUCAAUCCUUGCCAACGACCAGACAACCAACACACUCUCCUCUCCUUAGUGGCCAGAACCGCGCCAACAAAUCCCGCAUUCAUCUUCGCUCUUUCCGCUACCCAUCUAGGACAAUGGAACAGAGUGUGCGUCACAGUGUCCACCUCUCGGCAGUAUAGACACCGUAGACAUUGUCAGCCGCUUUCCCGAACCUCAGGUAGGUCCGGAAACAUCCAUGGCCUGUGAGCACCUGCCCACAUUCCAGCCACCGUCAGUGUGCCACAUUGUGCACCCCUUCCCACUCUCGCUGCCACUUCUCGAUAGUAGUGGCCCUUUCCGCACUUCUUAUUUUUCCAUCCACGUUUCCACGCACAUAUAACCUAUGCCUCUCUCCCGCGACAAAUGUGUGAGCAUCACACCAGUAAUAACAUAGAGAGCAGCUGUAGGCGCGGUGCGGUAUGCGCAUACCGUACGGAU